GUCCCAUCCAGGCUCACGCAGUCACCUCCACCUCCCGGAUGGGGGGCACACGGGGUGCCAUGGGGAGCCCCCACCAGAAGCCUGGCACAGGGACCCCCAUCCCAUCCCCACCAUGACGUGGCUCGAAUAGGCACGCUUUGCCACUGCUUGGCACAGCACAGCUGGGCGCAGCGCCCCGAGCUUGACACGACUUUACACGGCACGGCUCAGCUUGGCACGGCUCAGUUUGGCACAGCUCGGCACGGCACGGUUCGCUGGGGCUCAGAUGAACACGGCACAGCUCAGCACAGCUCCCCAGGACGUGGCAUCGCUAUGCUCCACCCUGGGCAGGGGGCACAGGUCCGGGUGAGGAGCGGACUCGACCCCGUUCCCGGCCGAGCCGUGCCGAGCCGAGCCGAGCCAAAUCCCGAGGAGCGGAGCCGAGCCGAGCCGAGCCAAAUCCCGAGGAGCGGAGCCGAGCCGAGCCGAGCCAAAUCCGGAGCAGCGGAGCCGAGCCGAGCCGAGCCAAAUCCCGAGGAGCCGAGCCGAGCCGAGCCGAGCCGUGCCGCCCCGUUCCCCGUGGCUCCUCCCGCUGCUCCUCCCGCCCGGCGAUAUUUAACCUGGGCCGGGUGGGGAGCAGCAACGCGCAGAGAGAGCGGCUCCCAGCGGAGCCGACACCGGGACCGGGCAGCCCCGCAGGCAGGUACGGGUGGCACCGGGCACGGCACGAGGCGGGGUGGGCACCGGGGGAACAGCGCUGCUAUCGGCUCAGACUUCGGCGCUGGGACCCCCGGAGCCGCUUCGUGGUACAUUGCGCUGAACCGAGCCGUGCCCAUCUGCGCCCAUCCGAGCCUUGCCCGGCCCUGAGCGGCUCUCCUCUCCCCGCAGCAGCCGCCCCGGCCACGCCAUGAGAGCAGCGCUGGGUUGCAUCACCCUCGCUCUGUGCGCUCUACAGCUGCCCCACGGCCGAGCCCUGCCCCACGGCCGCUCUCCCAAGCACAGGGAACCCCCAGACAGGAGACUCCCCCCAGCCAUUCUGCGCUUACCCCACCGGCACCCACCGUCGCCCCACGGGGAGCCUCCCCAAGGGCUACAAUCCAACCUCAGACUCAAACAACUCAUCAUCCCUCGCCCCCAACCGGCCCUAUGGCACGGCCCCAAGCCGUCCCCAAGGCACAGACACCGACACCCCCCGGGGCAGCGGGGCCGGCGUCACAUCGGGGCUCGGCUGCACCGCGCUCAGCCGCUGAGGGUGGGCUGCGUGCUGGGCACGUGUCAGGUGCAGAACCUCAGCCACCGCCUAUGGCAGCUGAUGGGCCGCCCAGGCCGCCAGGACUCAUCCCCCAUGAACCCCAACAGCCCCCACAGCUAUGGGUAAAG